ACUGACGGGCUGUCAAGUAUUGUUAUGAAUGCACUUAUUGCACUAGUGUUAUGCUAGUGUAUUCAUUUGAGUUUUAAUUUGUUUUCCACGCCUUAAACAACAAUGAGUGAGACAAAACUUAGUAGUGCUGAAGUGCCCGCAAAAUUUGCAGACUGGCUGCUGGCAAUGGGUUGUCCCCCUGAAAAAGUACCGACAGUGGACAAAACCUCACAGAUGUGCUGUGGAACAUACUAUUUAGUGUGGCGUAGUCUUAUGGAACAGGUAGAAUCAAAAGACAUCAUAAAACAGAAGAGACUGCAAGUUUUCGCUGAUGAUGUCAGGAGGUGUAAGAAAAAGAAUCUAUUUACAGUACUUGACACAAAUGUGCUGAUACCGCCGGAGCUCACUCUGUGGAGGCAACAAACUGAAGUGCGGCAGGAGGUGCUUGAAGCCGAAGCCCGCAUCACUGAAGCUAAGAGAGACCUCAGUGAGGUCAUGGACAAGGUGUCUAGCAAAAUGUCCCAACAUAACCUGGCCCGUCAGCGACUCCAAGACCUGCAGCGUAAAGGUUGGCUCCUCCAACUCCUUGCAGAGGAACUCCGCACCAAGAAGCAGGGCCUUGUUGAGGCACGCGCUAUAGCCGAGGAGAUGUGCGCUGUACAGGACCAUACUGAUGUGCAGCCUAAAUUAGACAGAUGCGUAUCGUCCCAGCGUCGUCAGCCAGCCGUCGGUGCGGCCUCCGCCGUGGCGUCCUCCACCAUGAUUAGCAAUAGCAGCACAAACGUAGCCAACAAUGGCGAUUUGGAAGAGGAGCACAUAAGUCAGCUAGUGGCGUGCCGCGGCGACACGCUGUGGGCGGAACUAUACGCGCGUAGAGCAGCUCUUGUCAACUCAUUGAGCAGCAAAGAAGAGCCCACAGUUGAUAAUAACCGGCCUAGUUUCCAAGCGGUCCUAAUCGAGACUGCAGCACUGCAAUGCACUUUGACACUAGAAGCUUUCAAGUGUCGUGAAAUGACGAGACUCGCUCAACAACGUCUUGCACAAGCUGUUGAUGCUUUAAACAGUCAACUAACCGGCGAAUCCUGCGAGCUGCUGGUGCUCCGGUGCGAGCGCGCGCGAACAGAGGCGCGAGUGCUCGCACUGCGCGACGCGCUGCGACUACUCACCCAGGCCGAGGGGUUGUUUGCCACCAGCCGAGCUGAGCCGCAGCCUGCGCACAACCAGAUAUAUAAGAUUGAUAAAGCUAUUGAAUCCAAGAGAGACGAAAUUAAAAGCGUCACAUCGUCUCUAGCUACGACGGAGAGGAAAAUACAGAACGUGAGAGAGUGUCUAACAACCAUUUUUAAUAGUUUUCGCAACGAUGCACCGGAGGAAAAUAUCAGCCACGCCAGAGGUUUGCAGCUAGACCUGCCCUCAGACUCCAUAGCAAGCCUCCGUCAGUUCUACGAGAAACGGCGUUCGCGAGCCAAGAUGGAACUGAGCAUGGAAUUCGACGUCUCGGAAAAUUCAUUUAAUGACCAAUCAGAUUUGGGCAACGCACGAUUCAUUGAUGAGCUGAGGAUAUACUUGAAGAAAUUCAAUUUGGAGAAAAAUAGAAAACUUGUUUUAGAAAGCGGCGAAAAAAUCUGGAUAUUCGAAACGCUCCGAUCCGCCGCUUCCCGCCUGCAAACUCGCUGGCUCACCGCCGACAGCGCAGGCGGCCUUACGUGCCCGUCGCAGUCUCUUCCACACAACGUACUGAGCCUCGUCAAGGCUGUCGGUCAUAAAGCUAGGCUACGGAGCAUGGGGCAAAGUGAAAUAGAUUUCAAUGUCAAUAUUGACAUCAACAAACACAUAGACGAAGAAGACCAAAUCAUAGACAAAAUAAAGAAACGGCUCAACGAGAACCUUCGCAGCCUCCAGAAGACCAGCGAGACCCUGGACCAGGGGAAAGAAAACCUUAGUCUAUGGUCUAAUAAUCAGUUCAAAAACUAUAUAUCGCAUCAGAGAACGGUCGACGGCAAGCCGUAUAAGGCUUAUGAGGCAUAUUAUUUGGAAGCGUUGAGUUUCUGAACGUUGUUUGUGGUAAUCUUUAGAUAAGUCACAUGAACCUACCCAGGUAGCGUUUAUACGUCAUUAUGACGUCAGCGACGUGACAGGUAAAGAACGAUUCUGUGUAUUUUUUUGUAAAAAUUUUAGACCCAGUAGUUUCGGAGACAAAGGAGAAGGAAUGAUAUCUUUUUUUAAACUUUUUUGAAUAACUUCUAUACUGUUUAUCCUAAAAUAAUAAAAAAUUAAAUUCUCACAUUGAGCUCUUUGAUUUAAUAUGUAACACGAUAUAGUUUGAACGACUUUAUGUUUUAAUUUUCUCAUUUACCUCCAAGUGACCCCCAUGUUCAAAAUUCAUUUGUUUACGUUACAUGUCUGUCUUUGAAUUACAAACUUACGUAUGUGUACUAAAUUUUAACCUAAUUGGUCCAGUAGUUUCGGAGAAAAUAGGUGACAGAUGGACAGAGAGACAGACGCACGAGUGAUCCUAUAAGGGUUCCGUUUUUCCUUUUGAGGUACGGAACCCUAAAAUUAAAACAAAAAUAUUGUUCAUGAGUUCAUGACAUGAUAGAUCUGAUAUCUAAGUAAACGAAAUAGCUUCUAAGUUUAUUCUCAUAAGGCUUUAUUUUGCAUGAGUGACAUUUUUAUAUGGCAAACAAAGGAAAAAUGUAAUGUUGUUAAUUCUU